AUGUCCACUUUCCCGUACACGAUUGAGUGUCUCCCGGGCGACGUGAAUGUGUGGGGAGACUUACUGAGUCGAUGGGGCUCUACUCCACCAGCUCCGCCGGUGUCGCAUGUCCGUAAACUCGUGCACGUGGUGUCUCCGUUGCAACGAGCGGAUUUCGAAUGGCCUACGGCAGCCUCGAUUUUGGCUGCCCAGACAUCUGCCAUUGAAGAGGGGGAGAGUACACCGACCGGCGUUGUGUGGAACGAAGAAGAAUCAUUUCACAUGGACGAAAAGGGUCGAAUUUGGAUCCCAGACAGUGCAGUGGACCUGCAACAGGGGUUGUGCGUCAUUGCCUAUCAAGGCCCUGCUGGCCAUCGUCGAAUCGCCGCGACAACUCAGACUGAGUUCGACAAGUUCGUGUGGAAGUCCCUGGCUCAAGAUGUUGACACGUUUGUCCGGGCUUGUCUACAGUGCCUGCAAGUCGACGAGAAGUACAAGAGAGCAAGUCCUGCUUAG